UUGAUAAAACAUAAAAAUUAAAUGUAUUAUAUUUUUGUUUGCAAGUUGUAUCACAUUGUUUGAAAUAUUGAAGUUAGCUUAACACCGUUUUUAUUUGCAAAUAAUUAUGUUACUAAUUUAGAAGAAAUAGUUCACCGUAAACAUCUUGUUUAUACAAUUUAUGUAAUGUUUGUGUAGCAAGUUGAAAAGAGAUGUCUUCAAAGGACGUUGUGCGUAGAGAACGCUCACGCGAGCGAAACGAAUCACAGUCGGGUCGUUAUAAAUCCAACGCUUCGCCUAAGUCAAAAUCAAAGAAAUCUAGACAUAGAUCUUAUAGCAUAGAAAAGCAUAAGAAAAAGAAAAGGAAGUCAAGCAGUUCAUCGAGUGAUUCUUCUAGUGAGAGUGAUAAUGAAGAAUUAAAAUUGCUGCAGAGACUGCAAGCUGAGAAGAUGAGACUAAAAGAGGAGAAGUGUAAGCAAAAAGAACAGCUCAAAGCAAAUGAGACACCAGAGGAAAAAAGAGCUAGAAGAUUGAGAGAGAAGCAAGAAAAGGAACGCAAAAGACGUGAGAGAAUGGGAUGGGACACUGAGUAUCAAUGUUACACAAACCAGGAUAAUCCCUUUGGAGACUCAGCUCUCACCAACACAUUUGUAUGGACUAAGAAGUUAGCGAAGGAAGGGGUGAAAAGUGUUUCACGAGAUGAGUUAGAAGCACUGAACCGUCAAAAACAGAUGGAAAAUAAAAUUGAGCUAGAGAAGGUCAAACAGAGGAGGCUGGAGCGCGAGGCGGAGCGCGGCGCGCGCGAGGCGGAGGCGGCGGCGGCGGCUCGCGCGCGGGAGGCGCAGCAGUUCAGCAGCUGGGCGCGCCAGGAGGACGCCUUCCACCUGCAGCAGGCGCGCCUGCGCUCGCAGAUACGGAUCAGGGACGGACGGGCAAAACCAAUAGAUUUGUUGGCUUGGUACGUUAGUUCGGAGCAGUGUGUGGACGCCCUCGAGAUGCACGAGCCCUACACAUAUCUCAAUGGUCUUCAGAUGCAAGAUCUGGAAGAUCUACUUGAAGAUAUCAAGGUGUACAAAGAGCUGGAGACGGAAGAGAAGCAGUGCUACUGGGAGGACGUGCGGACCAUCGUGCGGGCCGAGCUGGGCGAGCUGCGGCGCCGGGGCGAGGCCCGCGCCCGCGACGGCGUGCACCACGCGGUGGCCGGCCACGUGCAGCAGGUAUUCAAGGGCAAGAGCGGGCCGCAGCUGGAGGCGCUGCAGCAGCAGAUCGAGGCUAAGAUCGGCGGACAGCGCGCCGGCGUCGACGUGGGCUACUGGGAGAGCCUGCUCACACAGCUCAGAGCGCACAUGUCCCGCGCGCGCCUGCGGGAGCGUCACCAGGACAACCUGCGGCGGAAGCUGCAGCUGCUCAAGUCGGAACAGGGAGUACGACCUGACGGCGCCGACACCGUCGUACCCGACGAACACGACAGGUGUAAGUCGCCGGCUUCUGUGAAGCGCUGCGAGUCUCCGCAGCCGGAGCAGGAGGCCCCCAGCGACGAGGACGAGGGCGAGGUGGAGGGCGUGGAGGAGGGCGAGGCGUGGGCCGUGCGCGAGUACCGGCGCGGUGGAUACUCGCCCGCGCCGCUGUCGCCCGCGCGCCUGGAGCCCGCCACGCUGCUGCUGGAGCCCGCCGACGACCGCAACCGGCUGGCCUACCUGCGGGCGAGCCGCGCACAGGGCGGCGGCGAGCGGCGCGCGGCCUCUGGCGCCAGCGGGCCGGCCGCGCUCGAGGCGGCGGCGCGGCGCGCCAUGGACGCGGCCGGCGCGGGGCAGGAGCAGGGCGCGGGGACGCCCGCCACGUUCAGCGUGGAGCACGCGCUGCCCGAGCAGCCGUACCUGUGGGCCGACAAGUACCGGCCCCGGAAGCCCAGAUACUUCAACAGGGUGCACACCGGCUUCGAGUGGAACAAGUACAACCAGACGCAUUACGACAUGGACAACCCGCCACCCAAGAUCGUGCAGGGCUACAAGUUCAACAUCUUCUACCCGGACCUCAUCGACAACAACUCCACCCCGGAGUUCUCCUUGAAGCCGUGCGCGGACAACCCGGAGUUUGCCGUGCUGCGGUUCCGCGCGGGCCCGCCCUACGAGGACAUCGCGUUCAAGAUCGUUAACCGCGAGUGGGAGUACUCGUACAAGCGCGGCUUCCGCUGCCACUUCCACAACAACAUCUUCCAGCUGUGGUUCCACUUCAAGCGGUACCGCUACCGCCGCUAGCAAUACACUUUCAUGGCCGUCA